CGCCCGGGUCGCACCUGCAGCCCGCGCCCGGCCAGCGGCGCGGCGCCAGCAGGAGGCAGGUGACCUACGUGCGCAGUGGGCGCCGAGCGCCGGCGGGGGGCGGCAGGAGUGGGACGCCGGAGCCUGGCUGCUGCGCCCUGCGCGGGCGUCCCCGCCGGAAGGGUCCCCGGUGGCAAAUAGACCUCCAGCCUUGGGCAGGCCCUGCUCACUCCCUGGAUGAAGAAGCCUUGCGGUUCCUGAGAUACAUCAGCACCAUUCAGAUUGCGUGUGAUCACAUGAGCACAGACAGCCUGGCUACUGCCUCCAGCCCUACAAAAAAGCCCUGGUCGGUCUGUCUCGAUGACAGGUUUGGGUUAGUUCAUCAAAUCCGUGUCAAGCAGUGCCGGCUCUAUUCGUUAGGCCUAGGAAGUGAUGAUACCCAAUUUGAGGCUGGCAUGGCCAACAGUGGAUGUGAGGUGCAUCGUUUUGAUCCUAGUGUUAAAUCAGCUCAUGUUCUGGAAAGUGAGCGUCUUUGGUAUCACCGUUUGUCCAUCGACUGGCGGGACCCCCAUCCAGCUUUUGCUGCCCAAAAACCGUAUAGCAACACCAGAAAACUGGGAACCAUUUUGAAUGAAUUUGGGCAUCACAAGAUUGAUGUUCUCAAAGCGGAUCUGGAAAGCGCAGAAUGGAAAGUUUUGGAAAAUCUUAUUCUGGAAGAUGUCCUCGAACAAAUUGGACAGCUCAUCUUUGAGAUCCAUCUCCACUGGCCCGGGUUUGAGGUCAGUGGCAGUGACAGCAGUGUUGUGCGGUUCUGGUACAGCCUCCUUAAAGAGUUAGAACUACAGGAUUUCAGGCUUUUUCACAGUUACAAAGACUUAUCUAAACCUCAGCUUUUCCUGAAAAAAGAUAUUUUCAAUGCAAGUAGCUGUUAUACUCUGGGUUGGGUGAAUACAAGAUGGAAAUAGGACACAGGAUCUCAUCAAGAACUCAAGGAAAUAUUUGUAGCAGGGAACAUGUCCAUGAUUCUAGUUAUUGGUUUACUUGUCUAGGCUCCCACUAGCCUGUGAUUUGCUUGAGGCAGAAGUUGUGUUAUUAGCUUUGUAGUACAUGUGGCUUGACAUAUGGUAGGGGAACAGUUAAUACAUGUUGAGGGGACAGACACAGGAGUCAACCUCCAUCUGCCCAAACCCAAGCUCUAUGCUUUUUGCCUCAGAGUGGAAAUUCUUGUCCUUCCUCACCUCAACUUGGAAGAUAAUCCUCCAUUUAUCUCAGUUUUCCCUAAAAUUAAUUAUGUAUCUAUAAACCAUGAGUUUACCACCAUGAAAAAGAAAUUAUAUAACAUUUCUAUUUUUCCUGGGUUGAUGAGAUCCUUAAAUAUGUAGCUUGCUGUUUAAAACAGGGCCUUUCAUUUGCUAUUCACUCACCUCGUUCAAGGAUUUUCUUGUUCACUGUGUCAAUAACAUUCUUUACAGCCUUGUAGAUUUCAAUCUUUCCUCCUCAACCUUUUCUGAGGCCAUGCUGUGACUUUAUAAGAACCAAUGAUUCUAGUUUCUGGGAAUGCAGACACACCAAAUUCUGUAACUGAGUAAGAAAGACUAGACUAUCAUGUUCUUCAACUCAGGAUUCUUUUUAUGUUCAGCCUUAAAUCCCCUCUGUUCCCAUGAAACUAAACCCAAAACAGAAUUUGAGUGUCUUCAAACCUGAUUUCUCAACUGUGGACUCGCCUAUGGUGUCAUUAUUAUUGUUUUUUUUAGUACAUUAUCUCCAAGAUUAAAUGAGAUUUUCCUUUCUGCCAACUGGCAUUCAUUGUAAGCCUGUGGCCUGAGGGCCAAAUUCUCUCUUUUUCCUGGGAUAGAUACAGUGUUAAUAUCAAACACGCUGUAUAUAUUUUAUAUAUUUUUUAAAAGUAAGCAGGGAAUGCAUAUUCUCAAUAGUUUAAAUGAUCUCCAUCUUUUCUGUCUACAAGAAUUAGACAUUUACUUCUAUAAAUGAUUUUCUAAAAUCCUAUUUCAAGUAAAUUAAUUAAAUAGUGUAAAAAUAAAUCAAAUUAUUACCUUUGAUAUAUUAAAUACAUCUUCUGGCAUUUUCUAUAUCCCAAGAGAACAGUAAUACAUACACUGUUUGUUUAAGAAAUUUUGGGAGAAAGUAGAGUACUGAUUACUACUAGACCUUAAUUCCUUAUCCCCAUUGUUUUACCUCCUUCUACUCUAAACAUUCCCUGGGUUGGCUUUUUUGCUUUUUUGCAGUGGUUUGAAAAUAUUCCUCAGGUAAGAAGCCAAAUACAAUAGAGUUAUAUCAUCUUACUAACUUGACUUCAAAAGGGAAUAAGACUUUCUGAAUUAGUAGCGAUGAUUUUUUUAAAAUAUAAAUGAGGUUUUUUAAAUUAAAACUUACAGGACAUUAACAAAAGUUAUUGAUGUGACAGGGCCAGCUUGAAUAAGUUAGCAGUUUAGUUGCUUUCAAUGUCCCUAGGUAUUUCAAAAGUACAAAAAGUCCAUAAAACUCUAAAGUGGUUUAUCUUGUUAGUUUGCAUGGUAUAGCCUCCAAAACAAAGUUAA